AUGAUACGGAAUGUCGGCGUUUUUGACGGAGGCAGCAUUCAGCAUUAUCCAACCUUUUGUUUUGCUGGGAAUCCAGGUGAUAUCCUUGGCCACGAGCCUGAUCCCGACAUCGUAAUCGAUGGCACCGACUGCACGCUUAUCCCUGGCCUCAUUGACUCCAAAAUAGAUGCUGGCGUGACGCCGGAGAUUCUUCCAACAUGUUCAGGGUAUGGAAUAACAACGUUAAUCGAUUCAAGCAGUUCGUGUGCUGAGAGUCAGGCUAUGAGAGUCGCUGCCGCCGAUGAGCCUGGCCUUCCAUCAUUUUUAGCUACGGGGUCUGCCAUCAUCGCUAGGAACACGUCUCUUCCUACAAUAUCAAAUUAUGGUAGCAUGGAGGUGGUCACAACGACGGACGAAGCCGAGCGAGUUGUGGAAGCUAAAAUCGCAUCGAGCCGAGCAGAUUUUAUCAAAGUCAUUGUGGACCAGCCGGGAUUAAACGCAAGUCUGCUCUCGGCUCUAGUAAGAGCAACACAUAGUCACGGCAAGCUGGCAAUCGCGCAUGCGGCACAGUCUAGUUCGUAUACCCUAGCUGUAGACGCGGGUUUUGAUGUUCUAUCACCUGUGCCCAUAGACGGGGAUAUUGAAUCCGAUGUGGUUGCCAAGAUAGUAGAGCGAGGGAUAGGUAUUAUUCCUACUCUCCGAUUUCUCAAACAGGGCAUGCCUCUCUGGAAAAUUCACGAUUCGGACUACGACUUGUCAUUUGCCUUUGCUGCGGUGAGAAGACUGUACAACGCAGGCGCCAUUAUAUGCGCAGGUACAUCAGCGAACACGUCAAGGCUUAUAACUGUUCCAUUCGGCCAAGGGCUUCAUGAAGAGCUCCAGCUACUCACAGCGGCAGGUUUGUCAAAUUUGGAUGCUAUCCGUGCCGCGACCUGUCAACCUACGACCUUGUUUGGACUUCGCGACCGUGGGUUCGUGAGAACUGGCCACAGAGCAGAUUUGAUAUUGGUUGAAGGGAAUCCACUGGAUGAUAUCAGGUUUUACAGCAGAAUUCGCCGUGUUUGGAUAAGGGGAGUGGCAAUUAGCUGUAGGUAA